CUAGCUCGGCUCUCCACCCUAAAGACGAGCAGAACAUCUAAACUUAACGACCAUUUGACAGGUCUUUAGAACAGCUUCGAUCAGGCUACGACUUAAAUCGACACGUAAAAGUUAAGUUUACUUAAACCAGAAACACAACAGCGGUGUGGGCUUCAGUGCAGACACAGACACUGAACACACUGUAAUGGGUGAGUGCGCGUUUCAGAUAUUUAUCCAACCAAACGACGAAUGCAUCUACAAAAGCCUACGGUUGUGACACAGCUACGUACAAGAGGCGCGAAUCCUGUGCGUUAAAAUACCGAAACGCGGGUAUGGAGGGAAACGAGACCGAAGAGUGCGUGCACAAAGCUGAGCAGACAGAAACGGGCUCAUUAAUAAUAAAAACAGAACAUGGGGAGGCGACACCUACACGGGGACACAUGGGGGACCUCUCAGCAGGUGAAGUGACCAGCGGUUUCACACCUCAUGCUAGCAAAGAAGGUCCUCUUAGCCCUGUGCGCUCCCCAGGCACCAGCUACUGGUGCGUGUCCGAGAGCCCAGACUCUCCCUUCCUUCUGUCUCCUGUCCCAGGGCCGUCUACGCAGGAACCCCCUCCAGUAAAACCCACACCUGGACGAGACCACCGGCGCUAUUACCAUGAGUACUGGCGCAGCGAGUACCUCAUGGACUUUGACCUACAGAGACAGGGGAUGUUAUGUAUGGUUUGUGGCAGUUCACUGGCAACCUUGAAGUUGAGCACCAUCAAGAGGCAUAUCAGACAGAAGCACCCAUACUCCCUGCUUUGGAGCGAGUCAGAUAAGGAGGUGAUCAGGUUGGGCUGGGACAGUCACUUGAGUCUGGUGAAUGGACAGAGGCCAAUAUGCGUUGAUCCAGCCAUCGCUUCAGAGUCAGAGAAGAUGCUGGACUCUGAUCAGCCCUCUGCAGGCAAACCUGGGGAUGCUGUCAGUCCAGCACCUGAGCUCCCAGUCAGCACCCAGUAUGGGUCUAACAGGGUCACACCUUCCCCUCCUACACCCUUGGUCCAGGAGCUACCAGGCCCUAAUGCUCAAGUGAUGGAGCGCUACCUGAAUGACUCAUUGCACGCCUGGUUCCGUCAGGAGUUCCUGAUGGAAUACCAGGUAGAAGCGGGCCGUCUAGUAUGCAUGGUAUGCAGCUGUCCGUUGCCUUCGCUGCACCUGGAUCACAUCAAGAGCCACGUUCUGGAUCUGCAUCCGAACUCUCUGCUGUGCAGUGCUGAGGAAAAACAUUCCAUCCUGCAGACCUGGGCCAAGGCUAACGAACCUGAUACAUUACAAAUUGUCAAAUCGGAGCAUGAUACCAAAGAGGUAAAGAUAGCUGGUUCAGCCCCAUUUUUCCGUCUGGACACAAAUCCCAUCGAGGGAAACUUGGAGAGUUACAAGGGAGGAGCUGAGAAUCCACCAAACACUGGCCAGAGGCCCCAGUCUAUACCAUUCCCCAGAAAGAGAAGACUGAAAUACGGCACCCCCUGGCGUCUCCGCCUUGAUUAUUUAGUGGCAUAUGGCCCUCCGGAUAAUCCACUCUGCUACUGUAUGGUGUGUUCUGAGCAUCUGCCUGUGCCAAGAGUCAGCAACUUCCGUAAGCACAUCCAGGCGUGCCAUCCGCAAACAAGUGACCUCAGCCGAAUUGAGAGAGAUGCUGUGAUCAGCACCUGGACGAAAGAGGAAAAUAUUGACUCUGCUCCACUGAUGGAGGAUGACCUACAGAGUGUCACUGUCACUGAGAAAGCCAUUGCUGAUGCACAGGUGUCACCUGUGAAAAUCACAGAGCAAGGAAGCAACGAAACAGAAGACAAAAACAGCACAAACAUCACACCAUCAGCACCGACGGUUGGGCGGAACAGACACUACCCGGGUAAGGACCAGCGGCGUAAUUACCAGGCACGCUGGCGGAUGGACUUCCUGAUGGACUACAACUGCAGGAAGCACGGAUUGAUCUGCAUGGUGUGUGGCGCUUCACUCGCUACCCUUAAGGUCAGCACAAUCAAAAGACACAUCCUACAGGUGCACCCUCACUCCCUGGACUACGGCCCAGAUGAGAGGCAGCUGGUCCUCCUUAGCUACAACCAGAUCUCCCUGCACUUUCAUUCUGAUGACUGUUUUUCAGGCUCAAACCUCACCCAUAAAGAGAAUGCUAAUGAGUAUGAUAAUGCAAAUUUAAGUACUGGACAAACUUCGAGCCAGAGCACAAAUGAAAGAGAAGAGGUUGGGAUGAGUUUUUGACAUCCUGUUUUUGUUUUGUUUCCUUCACUCAGGAAGUUUGCUGCGGGGUUAAACCAAUGUUUUUUUUUUUUUUUUUUUGUAAGGAUAUGAUAUAGUUUGACAAUAAUUGCACUUUCUGUCUCCAACAAAGUAAGUUAAAACAUGUUCAAUAAGUUUAAAAGGUUUAUUUAUGUUUAACAUGAGACAGAAUCUGAAAUGUUCCCAAUAACUAAUUUAGCUGAACUUAUGUUAUUUCUGUGGACAAACGCUCUUAUAUGCAUCUCUUUUUGUACAACACAGACUGACAAUACUGUUAUUGAUGCUGCACACGUGAUAUUUUGCAUGAAGUCACACUUUACAGUGGACAACAUUAUUUUCUUAAUGUACCGAAAAUGUAUUGGGUACAGGUGUUUUGGCACUGUUAUCAAGCAGGCAUACUUUGUGCAAGGGCAGAAAAUGUCCAAUGAUUUAACUUACCAUGUCUUGUAUCUCAUUUUACCAAUCUGAAAGAAAAAUGAGCAAAAAUAUUGAGAAAUAUGAUUUCUAAUAGUAAUGUUAAAUAAUAUAUAACCCAAACUGGUUCAGUUCACCAAAAGGUAAUAUUGAAAUAAAAAUCUUUAUUUACUGUAUGCGGAAUUCCUGUUUAGGCAAAGUGUAAUUUCUAUUGAGCCAUAUGUAAAGGUCCAUGUCUCAGGGAGCAUGUCUCGUCAUUGGUAACUUAAUAUAAUAAGAAUAUUUUGCAUUUAUGGGUCAUCAACAGUUAUAUUCAAAAUGAGUCUUUACUGAGUCAGCAGACAAGAGAUGUGCACUAUAUGGCCAAAAAUAUGUGGACAUCCCUGUCUAUGUAAUUGUUUUGGCUAUUACAGUCAAUUCUGUGAGGACAAAUCUAAAAGGAAUAGUUCACACAAAAAUGAAAAUUGUCUCAUCUUUAAUCACCUUCAUGCCAUCCAAGAUGUGUAUGACUUUCUUUCUUCUGCAGAACACAAGCAAA